CACACACACACACACACACACACACACACAGACAGUGAGUAACCUACCCUAUAUAAAAGUAAACGGGGCUGACACGCUGUAGUAGUGUGAGUAGAGGGACACACACAUUCACACACACACAUUCACACACACACUCCGGCUCUGCCGCUGCACGCGUGCAGCCUGGAAAGCGACCAACUUGCAGUCUUCAACUCAAACAACUUGGACUUUUUAUUUCACUGUUUUAUAUUCUCUCAAUCCUUAUACAGUUCAGUUAAUCUCAACGGGGCUGUGACCAGAGCCCGAUAACAACCUGAUCCGGAUCCUGUUGUUUGUUUUUUUAACUGGAUUUGGGACUUUUAGCUUCCGAGGAGAAACCGCGGCGGACAUGCCGGGGUUUGUGGCUUUGCUGGCCGUGUUUGCAGCCCUCUCGGGCGGGUCAAGGAGCUCCGUGGUCGGGGAGGAGGGGACAACACCAGCGGCGGCGGCGGCGUGGGUGAACAGCUCCGCGGUGGCCCGGGUGGAGAGCUCCGGGGACGGGGACAGAGGAGCGGGGCGGGCUGGCUGCCACGGCCGCUGUCGGUGCGAGGUGGACGGGCUGCUGCACCGGGUGGACUGCUCGGACCUGGGGCUCCGGGAGGUACCGAGCAACCUGAGCGUCUUCACGUCUUACCUUGAUCUCAGCAUGAAUAAUCUGACUGUGUUGUCCGCUGGAGCUCUGACCAACCUGCCCUUCCUGGAGGAACUGCGUUUGGCGGGAAACGAUCUGUCAGUCAUCCCCAGAGGAGCAUUCACCGGCCUUUACAACCUGAAAGUGCUGAUGCUCCAGAACAACCAGCUGAUGUCUGUACCUGCUGAGGCCUUCAACAACCUGCACAACCUGCAGUCACUCCGCCUGGACGCCAAUCACAUCUCCAGCGUUCCCAUUGGCUGUUUCUCCGGCCUGCGCUUGCUCCGUCACCUGUGGUUGGAUGACAACUCUCUGACGGAGGUGCCGGUGGAGGCGCUAAGCGAGCUGCCCGCCCUGCAGGCCAUGACGCUCGCCCUCAACCACAUCAGCCACGUGCCAGAUCACGCCUUCAGCAAGCUGGGCCGCCUGGUGGUGCUGCAUCUCAACAACAAUAGGAUCGUUUCCAUGGGAACAAACUGCUUCCACGGACUCCACAAUUUGGAGACGCUAGAUUUGAACUACAACAGCCUGGUUGAGUUUCCGACAGCGAUACGGUCCCUCAGUCACCUGAAGGAACUUGGUUUCCAUAGCAACAACAUCCAGUCCAUCCCGGAGCACGCCUUCACGGGGAACCCCUCUCUCAUCACCAUAUUUUUCUACGACAACCCGAUCCAGUCUGUUGGGCGAUCUGCCUUUCAGAACCUACCAGAGCUACGCACACUCUCUCUGAACGGAGCAGCAGAUCUCACCGAGUUUCCAGAUCUGACGGGAACCAAGAGCCUGGAAAGCCUGACUAUCACAGGAGCUCGGAUCACCUCUCUGCCCAGUUCAGUGUGUGAGCAGCUUCCAAACCUUCAGCUGCUAGAUCUCUCCUAUAAUCAGAUCCAGACUCUUCCCAGCUUCUCCGGCUGUGAGAGCGUUCAGAAGAUUGAUCUGCAACAUAACGAGAUAGAGGAACUGGAGGAGAACACCUUCCACAGUCUGAUGUCACUACGCUCUCUUGAUUUAUCUUGGAACAGACUGUCAACAGUGAAGCCGAACUCUUUCUCUGCUCUGCCGGCUCUCACCAAACUUGACCUGUCGUCCAAUCAGCUUUCGUCUCUGCCUCUGAUUGGUCUACAGAGUUUAACUCACCUGCGAUUGGCUGGAAACACACAGCUGAUGGAGUUAAUACCCCGAGAGGACCUGCCCCGAGUCAGGGUGAUGGAGCUUCCUUACGCCUUCCAGUGCUGUGCCUUUGUUUCCUGUGAGAGGAGAGGAGGAGGUGCAUCCUGGGAGAGAGAGGAGACCGCAGACUCCACAGGGAAAGAAACGUCCGUCCACUCCAGCCAAGUAGAUCAGGACUGGGAGGACUUCUUGAUAGAGUUUGAAGAUGACCCCAAACUUCAGCAGUCUGUCCACUGCAGCCCUGCACCAGGCCCGUUUCGGCCCUGCCUCCAUCUGCUCGGCAGCUGGUUGAUCCGUGGUGGCGUGUGGCUCGUUGCAGCGCUGUCAUUGGUCAGCAACAGCCGCCUCCCCUCUCAUUCCCCUGCUUUGCAGUUCCCCCCCUCAUUGACCCCCCCGCUCUGGUGUGCCGCCGGGUCGGUGGAUGCCCUCCACGUUUGGCGGCGCUUUUCCUCUUUCCCUUCUUCCCUGGGGCGGCCUGAUGGGAGUACAAGGAAUUUCAAAAUAAAAGUCAGUAACAGUUCUUGGACUUUGUGUAUGUGUUGCAGGUACGGAGCGAGGUGGGAGAGCAGCUUCCUGUGUCGCCUCAGCGGCUUCCUGUGUGUGUUUGCGUCGCAGACCGGCCUCUUCCUGCUCACGGUCACGGCUCUGGAGCGCUGCCUGGCCGCCACCGCCGCACGCCGCCACAAACCUGACGGACACAAUGGCCGCUCCUCCUCUUCCUCGCCGCUCUCCGUCCGUCUGGCGGUCUGUCUGUGCUUCCUGUUGGGCCUGGCGGUCACACUGCCCCCCCUGGUGGCCGGACACAGCAGCACCUCCCUCUGUCUGCCGCUGCCUUCCUCCUCCUCCUCCUCCUCCCUGGCCUUCUCCGUCUCCCUGGUGCUCCUCGACUCGCUGUGCUUCCUCGCCAUGACGCUCGCCUACACUCGCCUCUACUGUCGGGCCGACAAAGCUGCGCCCGCCGCCGAAGAAGAGGUGGCGCUAACUCGACAUGUGGCCUGGCUGCUCUUCUCCGACUGCCUCCUCUACCUCCCCGUGGCCUUCCUCUCCUUGUCCUCGCUGCUGCGCCUCUCCGCGGCCGGGCCGGAGGCGGCUAAGGGGGUGCUGCUGCUCGUGGCGCCGCUGCCAGCCUGCGUCAACCCACUGCUUUACAUCCUUUUCAACCCGCUCGCACGCCAGGAGCUGGCGGCGCUGGCCAAACGCACCCUGCGGGGCCGUGGCGGUGCCCAGACUCUGCAGGGGAGGAGGAGGAGG